CAUCUACAUUUUGACAAUUCUGCAUACGCUAACCUUCGCUUGCUUGUCACUUUUAUUAAUUUUUAAUUUAAGGAAAUUGUAUUAAAACAAACUUUUGUUUUGUACUCGAAAAUAGCAUAAAAAUGUCCGAAAAUAAUGAUAACUCCAAUGAUUCGAACAGUCGGACUGAUUCCAUCCUGCAAGCAUCGAGACUUAAUAAUCCCAUUCGCGCUGGUGUGUUGCGUCCAUCUGUUCUAGGGUCAUCGUUGAAUUCAUCAAAUAAUUCAGAUGGAAAAGCUAAAGAUGGUGAAAAUGAUAGCGAGUCAUUGAAUCCAUUUUUAAGAGAGUCCAAAGAUGAUGAUGAUGAUGGACAGGAAGCCGGUGCUUCGUCUGAAAAUAAUAAACGAGAUGAGAGUGAUGAUGAUGAAAAAGAUGAUCGACCAGAUCCAUUAAAUUUGUUAGCCAAAAAUGGCUUCGAGCGCGCAAGCUUGUUUGCUGCUGCAAAAAGCUCAAUGCCUAGGGUCGAACGAUCGGGAUUUGUAUUCGGACAAAAUGUACAUGAGCGUGUCACCGGGGAAAAUAUCCAUGCUGAAUCGUCAACCAGCAAAUCAGACAAUUCCACCGCAUCAGCAGAUUCCCCACUUCUUUUUUCAAGCGUUAUACAAGCAGCUGCAAAGCCAGAGAAUGAAGGUGCCGCCAAGGAGAGUACAGAUGCAAAAAGUUUAACAGAAGUGGCACGCGAGUAUGAAGAAAGCAGGGCGCAAAAGCGAAAGUUUGAAGAAGUUGAAACUUUCACUGGCGAAGAAGACGAAGCUAAUAUUGUAGAUAUAAGUUGCAAGCUGUUUGCAUUCGUUAAUAGCAACUGGGAAGAAAGAGGACGCGGUAGUCUUAGAUUAAAUGACUCAAAAGUUCAAGAAUGCUCAAGAGUUGUGUUCCGUACAUCAGGCAAUUUGCGCUUGUUAGUUAAUACCAAGGUGUGGGCUGGUAUGGUUGCCGAACGCCCAAGUCAAAAAUCUAUGCGACUAACAGCCAUGGACAACAACGGACAAAUCAAAGUAUUUCUGGUAAUGGCUCGUCCAGCCGAAAUAAGUAAUCUUCACAAGUUGUUAGUGAAACGAAUUGAAAAGAUCAAAUUGUUGCAUCCGAUUGCAACAGUCGAUUGUGAUGACAGCAAUGAUGGCAAGAACGGAUCUGCCGAUAAAUGUGAAGUAGCAGCUGCUGCUGCAGUCCCAGCCCCAUCCGAGAGUGCUCAUGCCGACGCUGAUGGUGAAUCUGAGCCAAGUCCCAAAAAGCCCUUAGUUGCAACAGCUGCUGCAGCUGCAGAGUCUGAUUAAUCUACUCUCGCAUGUCUACCCUCGCAAUGUAAUGAUACAAAACAAAAUAUAGAAAGAAAAAUAUAUAUCUAAAUCGUUUGAUUUGUAAUUCACCAUUUUAAAAAAGAAAAAUAUUAUACAUAUUUAAACAAAAUCAUUAAAUCGAAAUUGAAAAGGGAAUUUUAGGUUAUGUUGAAAAUGUUUGUGAGACAUAAUAUAAGUGAAACAAAAAAAUGAAGAAAAUAAUGUGGAAAGUAUUUUCCAAAUAAAAAAAACCUUCCUAAAUAUUAAAAAACAAAACCUGAUGAAAAAAAUAA